AUGGGCCGCAAAAUUACCAUUAUCGACCGCGACGGCAAUGGCUACCUGCUUCCCUACGCCCUCUUCCGCCAGCACAAGACGAUCAACUUCUGCCUCCUGAACCCGGAGCCCGCCUCCACCCGCUCUAGCCUCGUCUUCAAGCUCCACAAUCACCCCCCCGCCGUCGCCGCCAUGAUCACCUUCAUCCACACCAACGAACUCCCCAUCCCGCGCCACAUCGCCGCCAACCAGGACUCCCUGCGCUUCCUCGCACACGUGCUGAUCCUGGGCGAGGAAUACUUCUCCGAACUGGCUCAUACCGCCUACACCGCCAUCGAGAAACACCUGGGCGCCUGCGCCUCGCCGCACGACCUGAUCGGCGCCAUCGAGGUCAUCUACGGCGACUACUUCGGACUCAGCAGCGACACGGGCGUCAAGGACCUGCUCGUGCGUUGGACCGCGCAGAGGUUCGAUGGGGAGGUGGUCGGCAGCGCGCGGUAUGAGGGCUUGUUCUUGUCGCUGGCGUUGGACGCGUUUAGGACGGAUUUGCGGAAGGAGUUGAAGGGGUUGGGCCGUGUGGUUGUGGAUGCGGAUUUGGAUAGUUGGGGUGGGGAGAGUGCGUUGGAUGACUAG